AUGAUGACUAUGAAAUGCCUUGCGUUCUUUUUCACAUUUAUAAUAUUCAACACCGUGGAUGGGGAAGAAAGCAGCAUAAGAGCAUCGGUAAGCAGUGAUGGUGCCCAGACCUUACAGAGGCGGUAUUCAGAGGCAAUUCUCGCCAGUGACUACAGCAGAUCAAUGGACAAUCUGCUGAAAAAGAACUUUGUAGACUGGUUACUGAACCGAAGGGAAAAGAAAAGCGAAAACAUGUCAGAUGCCAACAAGAGAGAAGCUGAUUUCCAGUUGCCAGAUCUGAGCAUGAAGGAGACAAGCACACAGGAUGAACCAGAAGGCAACAGAAGCGUUGUAGCUUGGCUUCUUAGGAACAAGCACAAAGAAAGUUCUUACUCUGAUGCAAGGGCUGUUUUAGGACAGGAAUUACUGGAUUUACUGAUGAGAACAACAGAAUUGUGCAAAAUGAGACUCCCCUAA